AGUCGGCGUUUGAAGCCAGUUUGAAGGAGAGUCGGCGAGUAAAACGGUUGCCGCAGUAAUUGAUUUGAUAAAAAUCGUUCGAAGAAGAGGCCAACGAUACUCCAAGCAAACGCUAAAUGAUCCCUCGGAACAGGCAAAAGUGAAAAAUGUUCAAUUCGAAGAGUUCGGUGGAUCGUCACGUCCAGGAGCUGUUUCGGAAGGUGACGGACGAGAAGGAGCGUAAUCUUCGAUGCUACAACAUUGCGAAGCUUUAUUACCAAGUGGGCGAUUACGAAUCGGCCCGGAGAUACGUCUCCAGUUAUCUAGAAGUGAAGAGCGAGUCAAGUGGGGCUCACAAGCUGCUCGGUCAGAUCUACGAGGCCCUGGGGCAGAAGGAGGCAGCCCUCGCUCAAUUCAAACAGUCGCUGGAGCUCGAGGCUCGUCAGGAUGAUCUCGUACUGAAAGUCUGUGAAUUAUUAACUGACAUGGACAUCGGCCUGGACGUCAACAGGAUGAAGUACUGGGUGGACAGAGCGAGUGAGAAAUUCUCCCACAAUCCAGUUGUUUUCCAAUUGAAAGAGAAGAUGCUGAUGGCUGACAGGCCCAACGGAACUGAUGGAGAUCUGGAAGCCCUCAUUGCCUCUGAGCUGUCAGCCCGUCCCUCGGACGUCAACCUCCGAGUGAAACUCCUGAACCACUACCUCUCAAAGAACCGCCUGGACGAGGCCUACAAGCACGCCCUGGAGGUGGAAUCGACGUACGUCCACCGAGACAGUCUCGUCUGGUACGAGACCCUCUGCACAGUCUUCACGAGAUUCAAGGAGCAACGCCAGCCAAAAUCCCUGUUCUGGAUCCCCUACAUCUCGUCCCUCGAGCGUUACGCAGCCUUGGCCCUGAAGGAGCAUGGAACGACUGUGAAAACAACCCAGGAGUCAGCGUCGGCUGUCUUCAACCUCGACCAGGCCCUCACCCUGGCGAAACUCCAGAACUUCCAGACAAGCGCCUCGUUCAUCGACCAGAUGUUCACCCACAUGUUCGGACAACUGAAUUAUCACAUGGCAUCUCUCCUAAUUCGUCGAACGAAACGAGAGCAGGGCAGUUGGAACGAGACAGGGCGUCUCUGCAGUCCCCUCCUGCUGACAGCAAUUCACUCUCCCCCCCUGGACCACACGGGGCCCUCGAUAGUUUCAAUGAAGGACCCCAGCAAGACCCUGGCCCACAUCUGGCAUCGAGAGGGGGCCUAUCGUGUCUCCCAAGCCUCACACGUCCUCCAGGACUACUCCAGAGAGGACUCCAAACGUCUUCUCGACAAAGUCGACAAGUUCUGCAUAGGUUCCUGGAGGGAGCGCAUCUACCAGCGUAUAUUCACGUCGAACCCCCACACAGCAAUGAUGUCGACCUCCUACUUCGCCAACAACAACUCCUCACCCCCGCCCCUCCGUCUCCUGCCCCCAUCAGACGUCAAAAGAUGGGACGAGGUAUCCGAGGAGGUCCACCCCUCGUCCCUGCACCACCACGUGUGGCUGGGCCUGGCCAACAAGCCCCACCCCCGCAGAAACAUGGAGCUGACAGUGCCCUACCCCAACCAGACCUGCCACAUCUUCCCAGACCUCCAGUUGUCAGCUUACAACCUGAGCCAAGCAGCCCCAGACAGCCUGGGACGCCUGGACAUCGACGCCUUCCUCAACGCCACGAUCCUCUGCUCAUCGAUAAUCGUCCAGGAGCAGCAGAAGAGUGGCUUUCUGAACAGAGAUCGAAUGCCAACACUGCCAGCAGACACCACGAAUUUACUGUGCACUGGGAAUCAGGAGAAAUGGUGGACAUCAGCCUGGCGAAUGUACAAGAAGCCUGACAGCAUCUCCGGUGAUCUGAUGGAGCUUCGUCAGGAGAUCCAGAGGGGCCUGGAGGUGAUCAGAUGCAUCGGAAAUCACGGACUCCACGUCAACAUAAUCAUCCACCUGGCGAGAAUGUUCCAGCAUCGAGUCAAGGAGCUGCAGACGAAGGACAAGUCCCAUCCGGACAUUCCCAUGCUGGAGGCCAGAUCGGAGCUGUACUGGGAGACAGGAGUGCCCCUGGUGGAGCGUCUCAUCAACAACCAGACGAUACGCACCACCAGCUCCAAGAUCUUCGACUAUCAGGGAAAGGAGAUGAGCAAUUUGGAGCUGAGUAAUGCCCUCGAGGAGGGGAGACUCGUUGUGGCAAGGAGAUUGCUGCGUGAUAAGCGUCACGAGCAGGCGAUGGACGUUCUGCAGGCCCUCAAGUGCCCUGAGGCGUCUUACCUGCAGGCGGAAAUCUACAAGACCCUGGCGGACGAGCUGAUUGGAUCCCUCCCCAAGGAGAGUUUGACAUCGGCAAUCAGAUCUCAACACGUGGUCCUUCUGGGCAAAGCCAGGGACUGCUACUACCUCACACUGGACAGGCUGAGAUCACCAGGAGUGAAUCCUCAUCAUCCCCUCAACUCAGAGCUGGGCACCAAGAUCUCGAGCAUCGAGAACGACCUCAAGAGGAUCGAUCCAGACUUGCACAGAAAUGAUUUAAAUAGAAACGACUGUGACGCACUGUCAGAGGACAGCUACUCCUCGGCGCAGAGUGGAGCUGACCAGCCGAUAAUGAAUUCCCUGAACCAAGGGGUCACCAUCAACACCCCCCAGAGGCACAGCCAGAGGACCCCAAAGCAGUCCAGCACACCUAGACACCAGCACCACGACAUCCUGGAGCAUUCACGCUCGAGAAUUCAGUUGGAGGCUCGUCCCAGCCCCGAGAGACUCGACGCCCAGAUCAGGCAGCUGGUGUACGCCAAGGAUCACGUGUCCCAGACGAUUCUCGAGCAGAACAAGUCCAUACUGGAGAGCAUGAAGAACCUUGUGGACUCGAAUAAACAGGUGAGGGAAAUGAUCGAGGAGUUGAAACGAGAGUUCUCGGAAUUUCGUAAGGAGAGCCACAGCAGUCAGAAGAGAACGACAAGAUCGACGAACCCUGAGGAUGACUAUUACGCCGGGGAGGACGACUACUCAGAGAUGAAUUAUACUCAGCCUGUGGGGGGUAUCCCAGCAGCUGGUCCAGUGCCUCCACUGACGCCCCACCAGAUCCCAGGGAAUUUAUUCGCCAACCAGAGGCAUUAUUCCCCACUGGUGUACCCAACACCUGGCCUGCCAGGCUACUACCAGGGCGGACUACCCUUCAACGACCAGAGUCAUCACCUCCCCAACAUCUACCCCAGCGUCUACCCAAUGGGAUCGUACCCUCGGCCCCCAGUGGAUCAGGGCCUGGGGAUGCAGCCGGGAAUGUUCCAGCAGGGACUCUUUCAGAAUCGCCUGAUGGACAUCGUCUCCCCCCAGACUGUGCAGGGCCCUCCCCUCACCAUGCAGCUCCAAAAUCUCGAUCUGUCGAGGGCUGAUACUGUCCCCCAGCCACCCCAGCAGUUCCCAGUCAUCAAGGACGCCCCUGUGAACAAGGCACCUCCAUCUAACGUCGUCAUCACCACGUCAGACACCCUUCCAACAACAGCACCAACAGUUCAACCAAUUCUCAGUGUCAACAUUCCACCGCAGCACAGGAACGUCGGUGCCGCCAGCAUCUCGACACUGGCCAGCGGUGGCAAUCAGUCAAUUCCCCACAACUACCAGAUCUCCAUGCCCUCGCACGCCAACAUCCCCACGACAGUCAAUCUCCCACCGCUUGCAGCAUCAGUUACCAAUACGAUAGCAGCUGUUACCAUGCAGGAGAAGUCCAAGAACACGAGUAUCUUGUCAACAGGCUCGCACAAUUCGUCCAUCGAAGCUGUUGAAGUUGAGCACGAUCCCAUUCCCGAUUUUCAGCCAGUGAUUCCCCUUCCUGCUGAGGUGAAGGUCACCACUGGAGAGGAGAACGAGGACACAUUGUUCGUGGCACGUGCCAAAUUAUUCAGAUUCGUCGAGAAGGAGUGGAAGGAGCGAGGUGUUGGCAACGUCAAACUCCUGAAGAAUAAUGAGGGAAAGGUGAGACUGCUGAUGAGGCGUGAUCAGGUCCUCAAGAUCUGUGCUAAUCACAUGCUGACGCCUGAGAUGGAGCUCUCCCAGAUGCCCAACAACGACAGGGCGUGGAUGUGGGUGGCCAAUGACUUUGCUGAUGAGGAGGUCAGGCUGGAGAAGCUCUGUAUCAAGUUCAAAACCACUGAGGAUGCUGAGGACUUCAAGAAGAGCUUCGACAGUGCCAGGGCAAGCAUGACGACGGUGCCGGUGAAGCCAGUGGCUCCAGUUGUCGUCGGUGGGUUCUCCUUCACGAAGACACCAGUUAUCCAGCAAACACCUGCUGAGGAGGCCAAGACCCCCAAGCAGAGUGAGCAAGCCAAGCCCAGUCCCUUCGCUGGGUUCUCCUUCACCAAGUCCCAGUCACCCUCGACUCCCACUGGAUUUUCCUUCGGUAAGAGCGACGCUAAGCCAUCACCCAUGGUGUCCAGUUCGUCGAAGCCAGAGCUCUCCGAAGUCCCUGGGCAGAUGAACGAGGAGGACGAGGCCAUUCUCUUUGAUAAACCAGCUGUUCUCCUUCGAAACAGUGGAGACGGCCAGUGGAAGGAGCGAGGUGCCGGCCCCCUGUACCUCCUCCUGGACCCCAAGACUGGAAAUCUGAGGAUUCUGAUGAAGAAGUCUGAGAAGUCGAAGGUCACGUUCCCCGGAAGCAUCUCCCUGGGGCCAAUGCCAGGAAAUCCAAACGCCGUUACCUGGACAUCCCAAGAGCCUUCGAAAACAGGAAAGCAGGAGAGCUACUCUCUGUCGUUCCCAGACAUCAGCGACACCUCUCGUUUCAGGGACGUCAUGUCGAGCCUCCAGAAGAUAAUGUCCGACAACAGGAUUCCCCCCCAGAACAUCACUCGCGUCGACAAAACCGUGAAGGUCAGUCUCCAGAAGGUCCAGCAGUCAUUGUCAGAGAUGUUCAAGCCAGCUGCUGGCUCCUGGGAGUGCAGCUCGUGCUACACGAGGAACAGUUCAACAGCCUCGAGCUGCAUAGCCUGCGCUGCACCAUCAGGAAAAGCCGACAAGCCUGAGCCAUCAUCAGUCCCAUUAUCUGAAUUAUUCAAGCCAGCACCUGAUUCCUGGGAGUGCAAGAGCUGUUACACGAGGAAUACGAAGUCCAAUCAGUACUGCGUGGCGUGUGACGCCCCCAGUGACCCCUCGCUACCGCCGAAGGCACAAACCGGUGGAUUUGGACUGACUCCAAGUGCAUCAGCUCCAACAUUCAUCUUUGGACUGCCUCCAGUCAAGGAUAAGAAGGAGACAGGGGCCUCGCCUGGCUUCCAGUUCGGUGGAGCCCCUGGUUUCACCUUCGAACCCCCAAAGACAGACGACAAGACCUCCACCGAGGCCAAGGGCUUCCCAACAUUCCAGUCCAAAGCCCAGGACUUUGUCUUUGGCAUCCAGAGCACCGAAACCCCACCCAAAGGCUCAUUCACCUUCGGAUCGCCAGGCAAAUCCUUUGACUUUCAGUUCCCAGCGAAGUCACCAGUCAAGUCCCCUGGGGGUGACGUGAGUGAGGACGAGGUGCCAGAGAGCGAGGACGUCUACUUUGCCCCAGUGAUUCCACUCCCCGAGAAGAUCGAGGUGAAGACAGGUGAGGAGAACGAGGAGAUACUGUACACACAUCGUGCCAAGCUCUUCAGAUUCGAUGGAAAUGCGAAGGAGUGGAAGGAGCGAGGGCUGGGUGACAUCAAACUGCUGAAGCACAACGAGAGCCACAAGCUGAGGCUGGUGAUGAGGCGAGAGCAGACACUCAAGCUGUGCCUGAAUCACCUGGUGCCAGGUGAUCUCGAGCUGACGGCCAAGGACGACAGGACGUGGAUGUGGAAUGCUGCUGAUUACAGUGACAAUGAGAUUGAGUACGUCCAGUUGGCCUGUCGAUUCAAGACCUCAGACAUCGCCGAGCAGUUUAAGAUUGCUGUGGAGGAGGCUGUGACUGCGGAAAGAAAGAGUGAAGAGUCACAGAGGACUUCAAAGUCGUCUAGUGUGGGGUCAGCCCAGGACAUCCAGGUGGUGUACGAGCUGAAGGUCACUGAGGAGGAGAAGGACGCAGCGCUGAAGCUCCAGUUGCCCGAGAAUUUCUACGCUUACAAGCAGAAGGAGGACUGCCCUGGGUGCCUUGGUUGCCAGGAGCCUGAUGUGCCUCUCUUCGAGGCCCAGAGGAAAACGGAAUCCAAGGAGGCCAAGGUGGAGGAGGCCCCUGAAGCCCCUGAAACUCCAAUAACGAUCAAGCUGGCCCCACCCAAGCUCACUCCCCCCCAGGCCCCGACGCCCUUCGGAGGCUUCCAGAAGUCCCUCUUCAACUCCACUGGAGCAGCUCCAACGAUCUUCGAUAAUCAGACUGAUAAACCUGGGGACAAGAAGCCUGAAUUCGUCUUCGGACAGAAGAGUGAUCCCGAGUGUUCUCUCAAGAGUCCUCUCGGAGACGUCAGUGUCUGCAGCCCAGAGGCCAAACCCCAAACCAUAAACUUUGGUAAACCCAGUUUCGGGGAGGCAGCAACGAUCUUCGGUUCAACAGUUCAAUCGAAGAACAUGUUCGGUGGGAAGCCUGAGGUCACCGGAUUCCCCCAGGAGUCACCAGUCUUCGGAGCUGCCUCCAAGGACUCCCCAGCGUCCUUCGGUAGUCUCUCUGAAUCAAACUCGACGUUGGGUGGUACAAACUCAGCAUCAGUGACUCCUUCCGAGACGGGUAAAGUCCUCGGGUCUGACAAUCCCUUCGGCUCGAAGCUGAGCUUCGGGAGUCUGAUAAACUCCAACACAUCGACCCCCUCGGUGAACCUGUUUGGCACUCCGAAGCCCCCGGAGAAGAUUCCAGAUAUGAAUUCGGAGAAAAUUCAAGAUAAGAACGAGCUGAAUUUCCUGAAGGUUGACAAUGUCGUGACAUUCGGUGCACUGGCAGCCACUGCCACUGAGAACGCCUUCAAGAAGGACCCCCACUUCUCCUUCGCUGGGGCUGGACAGUCAGUCUUCGGGUCGAAGACUCCGAACUCGAGUAUAGCAGUGUCCAGUGCCAACAGCAGUCUCUCCAGUGUCGAUCAGAAGAAGAAGGUCGAGGAGGAGGAGGAGGAGGAGCCCGGGAACGACGGGCAGGAGUACGAUCCUCACUACGAGCCCAUCAUCCCCCUGCCGGACGCGGUCGAGGUGAGGACCGGUGAGGAGGAGGAGGAGAAGAUCUUCGGGCAGAGGGCGAAGCUGUACAGAUACGAGUCCGAGACGAAGGAGUGGAAGGAGCGGGGUGUGGGGGAGAUGAAGGUCCUGCAUCACGCUGGACACGGGACGUACCGCUUGCUUCUUCGUCGUGAGCAGGUGCACAAGGUCGUUUGCAAUCUCCUGAUCACUCCCGAGCUGGAGAUGAGGGCGCUGAACACGUCAGAUCGUGCGUGGGUGUGGGCGGGGAUGAAUUUCGCUGAGGACACGGGAGCUGUGGAGGAGCUAGCUGUGAGGUUCAAGAAUCCUGAGCUCGCUGGGCAGUUCAAGGAGGCCGUGGAGAAGGCGCAGGAGGACCUGAGGGCCAGGGGCGUAGGGCAGCCGCAAGUCGUUGAGGAUGAGGAUGAGGGGGACGAGGGGGAGGACGACGAGGACAUCCACUCGUUGAUGUACGAGAAUGAGGCGACCCUCUUGUUCUUGGAGGAGGGGAGCCCUGAGUGGAAGAGCGUGGGGCUCGGCCAGGUGAAGAUGGUUUACGACUCUGAGAUCUUCGGGGCCAGGAUCAUCUUCGAGACGAUGCCUGGUCAUGUAGUUUGCAGCUCUCUCAUCAGCAUGGAGACUCAGGUGGAGAUCGUGGGUGACACCUGCACGUGGACUGCCAUCGAUGACGCCUUUGAGCCGGCCACGAGGAGGUCUUACAGACUGAUUUUCGUGAGUGAGGAUGAGGCUCAAGACUUUGGGGCGAAUUUUAGGGACGGCCAGGAGUGCGCCAGGCAGGCUGGGAUCAGCGAGUCUGCGUACUAUGAGGAGAACGAUGAGAAUGAUGAGGAGGAGUGAUGGGGGAUCAAUCACUAGGUAAUUUUUAUUGAUUAAUGAUACGGUUAGGACGAGUAUUUUUAGGGAUUUGGGGUUGAUGUUAUGAUUGGUGAAUUCGGAUUUUUGAUUCGUUGGAGGAUGGGGGAUGGGGAGGAAGUAAUUUUCAUGAGGUUUAUUUUUAUUUCUUUUGUAUUGUGAGGAUGACGGGCGGUCUAUGAUUAUUAAUUCUUCGGUAAUUCGUCACAGUGAAGUUCAGUGGAGCUAUGAAGAAAUGGAGAGAUUUGAAAAUUGAAGAAUCUAUUUAGGAGAUUGUAACAGAUGAAAUAAAGGAUUAUA